CACAGCUUGGGACUGACAAGGGAUCCAUACUACAGAGCGAUCAGGGAAUCCACGUAGCUGUGCACACAGGGGGAUCACUUUGGACAUCAGGAUAAACUGUCCAUCUUGUAAAGGAUCACAUUUUUCUUCAAAGAAGGACUUAAAAAAAGUUUGCAGAACAUGGCCUCCUCUCCUUCUGGAACUAGCAGAAACCAGAUUGACAGGAGAAAGUCAUCACCAAGGAGUCCAUCUAAGUCUGACACAAACGCAAGUUACUUGAGAGCUGCAAGAGCUGGAAACCUUGAAAAAGCCCUUGACUAUCUGAAAAAUGGCGUGGAUAUCAAUAUCUGCAAUCAGAAUGGAUUGAAUGCCCUCCAUCUUGCUUCCAAAGAAGGACACAUAGAAAUAGUUUCAGAACUCAUACAACGAGGCGCUGAUGUAGAUGCAUCAACAAAGAAAGGAAACACAGCUCUGCACAUAGCAUCGUUAGCUGGACAAACGAAUGUAGUGAAAGUGCUUGUUACAAGUGGAGCCAAUGUCAAUGCACAAUCCCAGAAUGGCUUCACUCCCUUGUAUAUGGCAGCACAAGAAAACCACCAAGAAGUUGUGAAGUUUUUGCUUGAUAAUGGGGCUAGUCAGGGCCUGGCUACAGAGGAUGGGUUUACACCUUUGGCCGUUGCCCUGCAACAAGGUCAUGACCAAGUAGUUUCACUACUUCUCGAAAAUGACACAAAAGGAAAAGUUCGCCUUCCGGCGCUACACAUCGCAGCUCGAAAGGAUGACACAAAAGCUGCCGCACUUCUCCUGCAGAAUGACCACAAUGCUGAUGUGGAAUCCAAGAGCGGUUUUACCCCACUUCACAUAGCGGCCCACUACGGAAAUAUAAAUGUGGCUACAUUGUUACUAAACCGAGGUGCUGCAGUGGAUUUUACCGCAAGGAAUGACAUCACUCCCUUACAUGUGGCUUCUAAACGAGGCAAUGCCAAUAUGGUCAAACUUCUGUUGGAUCGUGGAUCCAAAAUUGAUGCCAAAACAAGGGAUGGGCUGACACCUCUUCAUUGUGGAGCGAGGAGCGGGCAUGAGCAAGUUGUGGAGAUGCUGCUGGACAGAGGAGCCCCUAUUCUUUCCAAGACAAAGAAUGGCCUGUCCCCACUGCACAUGGCAACGCAAGGAGAUCACCUGAACUGUGUUCAGCUCUUGCUCCAGCACAAUGUGCCUGUUGACGAUGUUACCAAUGACUAUUUAACUGCACUUCAUGUCGCCGCACACUGUGGACAUUACAAAGUGGCUAAAGUUCUUCUGGAUAAGAAAGCCAAUCCUAAUGCCAAAGCAUUGAAUGGUUUUACACCUCUUCACAUUGCUUGCAAGAAGAAUCGGUUUAAAGUCAUGGAGCUUCUGUUAAAACACGGAGCAUCUAUUCUAGCGGUCACAGAAUCUGGCCUGACGCCAAUUCACGUUGCUGCCUUUAUGGGACAUGUCAAUAUUGUUUCACAGUUAAAACAUCAUGGAGCAUCGCCUAAUACGACCAAUGUGAGAGGAGAAACUGCAUUGCACAUGGCAGCCAGAGCUGGUCAGUCUGAAGUUGUCCGAUUUCUUUUACAAAAUGGGGCUCAGGUAGAAGCAAAAGCAAAGGAUGACCAAACACCAUUACACAUAUCAUCUCGUUUGGGAAAAGCAGAUAUAGUUCAACAGCUUCUUCAACAAGGGGCAUUUCCAGAUGCAGCCACUACGUCUGGUUAUACUCCACUACACCUUGCUGCUCGAGAAGGACAUGAAGACGUGGCUGCUGUUCUUCUGGACCAUGGGGCUUCUCUAUCAAUAGUUACUAAGAAAGGAUUUACUCCUUUGCAUGUGGCUUCAAAAUAUGGGAAGAUUGAAGUAGCUAAUUUACUGCUUCAGAAAAACGCCUCUCCCGAUGCUGCUGGCAAGAGUGGUUUAACUCCACUGCAUGUAGCGGCACACUAUGAUAAUCAGAAAGUGGCUCUUCUGCUCUUGGAUCAAGGAGCAUCACCUCAUGGAGCAGCAAAGAAUGGCUACACGCCUCUUCAUAUCGCAGCAAAGAAAAACCAGAUGGACAUAGCUACCACACUGCUUGAGUACGGCGCAGAUGCCAAUGCAAUUACAAAGCAAGGAAUCUCCCCAGUACACCUCGCGGCACAAGAAGGUCACGUGGACAUGGUUUCCUUGCUCCUUACUAGAAACGCCAAUGUCAAUGUCAGCAACAAGAGUGGACUGACACCUCUUCAUCUCGCGGCUCAAGAGGACAGAGUAAGCGUGGCAGAAGUGCUGUCCAAUCAAGGUGCCGUUAUUGACGCAACAACAAAGAUGGGCUACACCCCCUGUCAUGUGGCCAGUCACUAUGGGAACAUAAAGAUGGUGAACUUCCUGUUGCAGCAUGGUGCAAAAGUGAAUGCCAAAACUAAGAAUGGAUAUACAUCACUGCACCAGGCAGCCCAGCAAGGUCAUACCCAUGUAAUCAAUGUCCUGCUCCAUAAUGGGGCAUCUCCUAAUGAAGUCACUGUGAAUGGAAACACUGCGCUGGCUAUCGCUCGGCGGCUGGGCUAUAUUUCAGUGGUUGAUACACUUAAAGUGGUAACAGAAGAGACCCUAACAACAAUUAUGGUGACGGAAAAACAUAAAAUGAACGUACCAGAAACAAUGAACGAAGUUCUGGACCUGUCGGAUGAUGAAGUACGUAAGGCCAAUAUGCCUGAGAUUCUCAGUGACGCUGAGUAUAUGUCUGACGGCGAUGAAGGCGAAGACGCCAUGACAGGUGACACGGACAAAUAUCUUGGCCCUCAGGAUCUGAAAGAACUCGGAGAUGAUUCCCUUCCUCAAGAAGGAUAUAUGGGUUUCAGCAUAGGAGCUCGAUCUGCCAGCCUUCGCUCCUUCAGUUCGGAUAGGUCCUAUACUCUGAACAGAAGCUCCUUUGCGCGAGACAGUAUGCUGAUUGAAGAACUCCUGGCACCUUCAAAGGAUACGCAUCAUUCCUCCACAAGAGAGUUUGAUUCGGACUCGCUGAGGCACUACAGUUGGGCGGCGGAUACAAUGGAUAAUGUAAAUCUUGUUUCAAGUCCUGUGCAUUCUGGUUUCCUAGUCAGCUUUAUGGUUGAUGCACGUGGUGGAUCCAUGAGAGGGAGUCGACAUAAUGGGAUGCGGAUAAUUAUACCUCCAAGGAAGUGUACAGCGCCUACCCGUAUCACAUGCCGACUGGUCAAGAGGCACAAACUGGCCACACCUCCACCUAUGGUUGAAGGAGAAGGGCUAGCCAGCCGGCUGGUAGAGAUGGGACCGUCAGGGGCUCAGUUUCUUGGACCUGUGAUAGUAGAAAUUCCUCACUUUGGAUCCAUGAGAAGUAAAGAGAGAGAAUUGAUCGUACUGAGGAGUGAAAAUGGGGAGUCUUGGAAAGAACAUCAGUAUGAUUGCAGGCUUGAAGAUCUCAAUGAGUUACUUAAUGGCAUGGAUGAAGAAUUGGACAGUGCUGAGGAACUAGAAAAGAAGAGAAUUUGUAGAAUUGUCACAAAAGACUUCCCUCAAUAUUUUGCGGUGGUUUCUCGGAUAAAGCAAGAAAGCAACCAGAUUGGACCAGAGGGAGGUGUUCUGAAGAGUACAACCGUACCUCGUGUUCAAGCAUCUUUUCCAGAAGGAGCUUUGACCAAAAGAAUUAGAGUUGGCCUUCAGGCACAACCAGUACCCGAUGAAUUGGUUAAAAAAGCAAUAGGAAACAGAGCAACGUUCAGCCCAAUAGUCACGGUGGAACCAAGAAGAAGAAAAUUCCACAAACCAAUCACUAUGACAAUACCAAUACCGCCACCUUCAGGAGAAGGAGUAACUAAUGGCUACAAAGGGGACACCACUCCAAGUCUGAGGCUCUUAUGUAGUAUUACAGGUGGUACGUCACCGGCUCAGUGGGAAGAUAUUACAGGAACUACUCCUUUAACAUUUGUUGAUGACUGUGUUUCUUUUACAACCAAUGUUUCAGCCAGAUUUUGGCUUGGUGACUGCCAUCAAAUACCAGAGACUGUUAGUUUAGCAACGCAGCUUUACAGGGAAUUGAUUUGCGUUCCCUACAUGGCCAAAUUUGUGGUGUUUGCCAAAAUGAAUGACCCAGUGGAAGCUCGGCUGCGCUGCUUCUGUAUGACUGAUGAUAAAGUGGACAAAACGCUGGAGCAGCAGGAGAACUUUGAAGAAGUUGCAAGGAGUAAAGACAUUGAGGUUCUGGAAGGAAAACCUAUCCAUGUUGAUUGCUAUGGAAACUUAGCUCCACUGACAAAAGGAGGGCAACAGCUUAUAUUUAAUUUUUAUGCUUUCAAAGAAAACAGACUGCCGUUCUCUGUAAAGAUCAGAGACCCCAGCCAGGAACCAUGUGGUCGUCUCUCCUUUUUGAAAGAGCCAAAGACUACAAAAGGUCUGCCUCAGACGGCUGUGUGUAACCUAAACAUCACUCUGCCAACUCAGAAAAAGAAUGAAAAAUUGGACAAACGGCAGAACUUUGUAUCUUUAGCCUUGCGUAAGCGCUACAGUUAUCUGACUGAACCUGGAAUCAAACCAAUUGAUCGGACUGCAGGAGCACCAAGACCCACGCCUGCUUCUUAUUCAUACAAGCCAGGCUUUCCAACAAGACCAUACCAGUCAUGGACAACUGCUCCAAUUACAGUGCCUGGACAGACCAAAUCAGGCUUUACUUCUCUGUCAAGCUCUUCCUCUAAUACACCAUCAGCAUCCCCAUUAAAAUCAAUUUGGUCUGUUUCUUCUGCAUCUCCAAUAAAAUCCACAUUGGGAGGUUCUACUCCCUCUUCUGUAAAAUCUGUUAGUGAUGUAGCAUCUCCUAUUAGAUCAUUUCGGACAAUAUCUUCUCCAAUAAAAACUGUUGUAACACAGUCUCCCUAUACUAUUCAAGGUUCCUCCGGCUCACCAAUUAGAGCUUCUACAAUACCUGAUGCUACUACUUUCAAGGGCCUGUCUUCAACCUCAGCUUUUUCCUCCAGAACUUCUCCAGUGACCACUGCUGGUUCUCUUUUAGAAAGAUCAUCCAUUACAAUGACACCUCCAGCAUCACCUAAAUCAAAUAUUAACAUGUAUUCCUCAAGCUUGCCAUUUAAGUCUAUAAUUACAUCUGCAGGGUCACUUGCAUCUUCACCAUUAAAGUCAGUGGUAUCUCCUGCUAUCACUUCUUCUAAAGUUGCCAUUGCAUCUUCUCUGUCUUCACCGUUAAAACUUGCCAAUGGGCCGAGUGAAGUUGGUUUAGUUAAUGGAUCUACUUCACCACUUAAAUAUCCACUAUGCUCAAACUAUAUUAAUGGAUCAGUAAUGAAUUUGCAAGAUAAAAUUUCUGCAGUAACAAAAGCUGCAACUGCAUCUGUUAAUUCAACAAUUGACACAGCUGAAAAACAUUAUUCUGCCACCACUUCUGCUCAAGUGUCAUUUUCACCUCUCAGGUCUUUUCCAUCAACAGCUUCAGCAUUUCAGACAAUUCGAACUCCAGCUACUAGUGCUUUGUACACCUCCUUUAGGUCUUCAUUGUCUUCUACUACCUCAUCUGCAACUUCAUCAACAAUAACUGUGCCAGUGUAUUCUGUAGUAAAUGUCCUUUCUGAGCCAACAUUGAAAAAACUCACAGAGUCUGCAUCUUUGACAAAAUCAGCUGCCUCACUGUUAUCACCAUCAAAAUGUUUAGCAACUGAAACACCAACCUCUCAAUUUAAUCGAUCUUCCUCUCCUAUUAAAACUCCCUUAUUUAUUGCACCAGCUGCUCUGAAAUUAUCUACUACAUCAUCCUUAUCUUCAAGCCAAGAGAUACUAAAAGAUGUUGCAGAUAUGAAAGAAGACUUAAUAAGGAUGACAGCAAUUCUUCAAACAGAUACCUCAGAAGACAAGUCAUUUCACCCUGAAUUACCAAAGGAAGUUCGAAUUGAGGAUGAGGAACCAUUUAAGAUUGUUGAAAAAGUUAAAGAAGAUUUAGUUAAAGUCAGUGAAAUUUUAAAAAAAGAUGUAAUUUUAGAAAAUAAAAUGUGUCCAGGGCACUCACCAGAUGAUGACUGGGUAGAAUUUAGCAAGGAUGAACUUGAAGAAGCAAGAGAGCACUCUAGUAUGAAUCUUCCAAUUUUCCCUCCAGAGAAAGUCCAGUUACAAUCUAGAACACUACCUGAAAAAGACUAUAAUUUGACCAAAGUAAUUGAUUAUUUGACUAAUGAUAUUGGAGGCAGUGCAUUUUCAAAUUUAAAAUACAAAUAUGAAGAUGGGAGGAGGGAAGGAGAAGAACGACAAAAAAGAAUAUUGAAACCAGCAAUAGCUCUACAGGAAAAUAAGCUUAAAAUGCCUCCUUCCUCAAUGAGAUCAUCCGCUUCAGAAAAGGAACUCUGUAAAAUUUCCGAGUCCAUCUUUGGGACAGACAUGAUUUUAGAGUCUCCUGAUGAUUUUUCUCAGCAUGAGCAAGACAAGAGUCCUUUGUCUGAUAGUGGAUUUGAGACAAGAAGUGAAAAAACUCCAUCAGCACCACAGAGUGCAGAAAGUACUGGUCCUAAACCACUGUUUCAUGAUGUACCUAUACCACCUGUUCUAACAGAAACAAGAACAGAAGUAGUUCAUGUUAUCAGGAGCUAUGAACCAUCAAGUGGAGAUAUUCCAGAACAUGAAAGAAUGGAGACAUCACCCUUAAAAACUGAUUCAACUUUUAAGGAGUUAGAGCAAAGUCCUAAUGGAGCAAUGAAAGUAAAAAAUAAACCUUUACAAAUGAAAGCUUCAAUUGAUGAAGAAGACCACAAAUGUGUUUUGGGCAAGGGUGUGUGUGUAAAAGAAGAAACUCAUAUAACGACUACAACUAGAAUGGUCUAUCAUACCCCUCCAUGUGUGGAAAAUAAGUCAGAAAGGAUUGAGGAAACUAUGUCUGUUCAUGAUAUUAUGAAAGCUUUCCAGUCAGGACGGGAUCCUUCUAAAGAACUGGCAGGUCUAUUUGAACACAAAUCUUCAGUAGCAUCAGAUGUUCAAAAGUGUAUGGAAGCCUCACAACAUGCAGAAAGAGACACCAAAUUGAAACCAAAAUUGGAGCGCAUUAUAGAGGUGCAUAUUGAAAAAGGUAACCAAGCUGAGCCUACAGAAGUUAUUAUUAGAGAAACAAAAAAACAUCCAGAAAAAGAAAUGUAUGUUUAUCAGAGGGACUUUAAUCAGGGUGAUAGUAAUUUAAGAGAUGUGAUAACAGAAAGAAAUAAUAUUUUUCCUUGCUCAGACGAACAAGGACAGGCAGAAGAAGAAGAGCUUACAGCUGAAGAGUCGCUACCAUCAUACCUAGAAUCUUCAAGAGUUAACACACCAGUAUCUCAAGAAGAAGACAGCCGUCCAAGUUCUGCUCAACUCAUAUCUGAUGACUCUUAUAAAACUCUAAAAUUAUUGAGUCAACAUUCAGUUGAAUAUCACGAUGAUGAUUUAUCAGAACUGAGAGGGGAGUCUUAUAGGUUUGCUGAAAAAAUGCUCCAUUCUGAAAAACUAGAUGCAUCUCAUUCUGAUACAGAGGAUUCUGUAUAUGAACAUGGUUUUCUUCCUGGUUCAGACUUACAGCGCCCUGAAAGACAAUACAGAGAAAAAGUGGUAACCACACCUAAGAAAGACAUUCUGUCGAAAAUAUAUAAAGAUGUAUCUGAAAAUGGUUUAGGUAGGAUAUCUGAUGAUGCUUUUGAUAAAGUUACUGUGUUGCACUACUCUGGAGAUUCUAAGAGCCCCAAACAUGCAAUGUGGAUGCGCUUUACAGAAGAUAGGUUAGACAGAGGUAGAGAAAAAUUAAUAUAUGAAGAUAGAGUAGACAGGACCGUUAAAGAGGCAGAAGAAAAAUUGACUGAAGUGUCUCAAUUUUUCCGUGACAAAACAGAAAAGUUAAAUGAUGAGCUACAGUCUCCAGAAAAGAAACCAUACAAAAAGAAUGGUAAAGAAAUACAUUCAGGUCACAGUUCUACUAGUAGUAGCCCAGACAAAUCCUUAUUCACAGAUAUGCGAACAUCCAGUGAUGACUGGACUAACAUCACUCAAUCUGGGUAUGAGAACAAGGGUGCAUUCCUACCUGAUGAAAGAAAAGCAACAAGCUUACCCUGCAGUCCAGAAAAGAGAAUGCUUGAGAAAAAGAUGGAAGAUGCUAAAUUUGCUCUACAGGAAAACACGUCACAAUCAGGUUCACAAUCUGGAUUCCAACUAAAACAAUCAAAACUCAGUUCAAUUAAACUUAAGUUUGAGCAAAGUAUAAACUUAAAAAAUAAAGACACUUCUCACGAAGAAAGAAGGCAUGAGAGUCCAUCGAAAAUUCCAAUAAAAAAAAUACAGGACAGCCGAUUACCAUUCUUUCAAUUUAAUGCAAGAGAGAAACAACAAAAGUCUGGAGAGGAAGUAAAUGGAGAACUAACUUUGCUAAAAGAGUCAAUUUCUGGUGCAAUCAAUGAAGAAUGUCAAAAAUUCAAAGAGAUAAUAAAAAAUACAAGUGGUAUUGUAGAACAGAAAAUAGAAAAAACAAGUAUAGUAAAAAGAGACAAUGUCACAGAACAAUCAUCUAAUUCAGUGUUUAAUAAUAUAGACUCAUUGGACAAAAAAAUCUAUAGAACAUGGGAGGUAAUUCCAAAUAACAAAACAUCAAAAGAAAAACUUACUCAUAUGUAUGUUCAGGGUAAGGAAAUAGAGCAUGCUGGAUCUAGUGAAACUGACAAAGAACAAGUAAUGUCCAGAAUUGGCACCUGUUCAAAAGAAACCUAUGUUAAAUCUCCUUCCAAAAAAGUAUUAUAUACAGAGUUUGUUCGGAAGGAAGGUGUAUGUACCAGUGAUGAAAAGCAUGGACACAUAAAGGAUGGAUCAAACAUAUCUCACAUUCCUGUUAGAAUUACUGAAGAUAAAAAAUCUUUGUACAGUGCUGAUGGUCAACAUAGCCAGUUAAAAACAGAAUCAGAAAUUAAAAAAGCACCUACACCAACACUGAUUAAACAUAUUAAGCCAGAAAUACUUCAGUCUGCAUUAGUUCUAGAUGAAAGUAAUAGUCGUAGUGAUGUUAAGUUCCCUAAAGCCCAAAGUCACAUGGGUUUAUCUCCUAAUGAAGAUUCAGAGGUUUCCCCUAUUAAGUCCCCUGAUUCUUUAGAGUUUAGCCCAAGUAAAGAAUAUUCAACUGAUUCACAUAAACAAAUCUCAGGUCAUGACUUAGAAACUAGGUAUCCUGUGACAAGCACAGAAGUUUUGAAAGAGAUAAAAACGUUACCAGUUUAUGUCAGUAUUGUCCAAGUAGGAAAGCAAUAUGAGAAAGAGGUGCACCAAGGAAGUGUUAAAAAUGUUGUUAGCCAGGAAAGUAGAACAAUACAAGAAACUAGAAGUACUCUUUUUACUGUUAAACCACAAAAACAGCCACCGUCUCCUCAAGCUAGUCCAGAGGAUGAUACUCUUGAACAAGUAUCAUUUAUAGAUAGUUCAGGGAAAAGUCCUUUAACGCCAGAAACACCAAGUUCAGAGGAAGUGAGCUAUGAAUUCAAUUCUAAAACCCCUGAUUCAUUAUUCCCAUAUAUACCAGGAAAGCCAAGUCCAAUACCUGAAGUAUCUGAGGAAUCAGAAGAAGAAGAACUGGUAAAAUUACAGACUAUCAAACAGAAUAUCACAGAAACUCAGUUAACUAAUGUGAUUGUGCCAAUUAAUGUUUCGAAGGACUCUGCUAACAAAAGGACAAAAGAUAAUCGAGUUGCCUAUAUUGAGUUUCCUCCUCCACCACCUUUAGACUCAGAACAAUCAGUCUCUAGUGAAAGACAGAAUGAGCAUUCAACAGACAGUGAAAUGGAAAUGACAGAAGUCAAUUUGCAAGAUGAUCAUGACAAAUUUCUUUCACCUGAGCCUGUGAUAAGAGUACAGCCACCCUCUCCUGUGCCAUUUGAUUUAGAAAUUAGUGAUUCGAGUGAUGAUGAAUCAGUUAUUCAACCUGUUGCAAUUAAAAAAUACACAUUUAAAAUAAAAGAUGAAGAAGUAAAAGAGUCUACAAAACCCAGUUCUACAGGAAAAUCUUUUUCUCCCAAGCAAUCACAUGAAGCUGAUAUGGGUCUUAAUUCACCCUCAAAUGAUAUAGAACAAAAUGGGAACAAUGAUCAGUCUAUUACGGAGUGCUCCAUAGCAACCACUGCAGAAUUCUCACAUGAUACAGAUGCAACUGAAAUUGAUUCUCUUGAUGGUUAUGAUUUACAAGAUGAAGAUGAUGGAUUAACUGAAAGUGAUUCUAAACAUAUAGUUAGUCAAGAGGUUGAUCUGAAAAAGGAACCAUGGUCCAAGGAAGGUGUUCUUAAACACAGUGAUCGUAGUUUUAGUCAAAGUAAACUUGAAGUUAUUGAAGAAGAAAAAGGGGUAACUGAGGAGUAUAAGCCAUGUAGGAAAAUUUCUGAUAAUGAAAAUAAAGGUGAUCACGGUGACAAAAAGUCAGGAGUGCAGUUUUUUACUUUAGAAGGAAGGCAUCCUGACAGAACUGUAUUUCCUGAUUCAUAUUUCAGUUACAAAGUAGAUGAAGAAUUUGCAACACCCUUUAAAACUGUGGCUACAAAGAGUCUAGACUUUGAUCCCUGGUCCAGUAAAGCUGGAGAUGAUGAUGUAUUUGAAACUAAAUCCAAGGAUGAAGAAUCUAAACCUUUUAGUCUGGCAGUAGAAGAUAGAUCUCAGGCAACCACACCAGAUACAACCCCAGCCAGAACUCCCACAGAUGAAAGUACUCCAACUAGUGAACCAAAUCCCUUCCCAUUUCAUGAGGGGAAGAUGUUUGAGAUGACUCGCAGUGGUGCUAUUGACAUGAGCAAGAGGGAUUUUGUUGAAGAAAGACUUCAAUUUUUUCAGAUUGGUGAGCAUAAUUCUGAAGGGAAGUCAGGGGACAAGGGGGAUGGGGACAAAAUUACUGCCAUCACACUUCCACAGUCAGGGGACAUCUUGAUAGAACCCAUCCUAGAAAAACAAGUAGAGACAACUGUGGUUGAACAUACUUCUGUCAUCCAGGCCAGUGGAGAUUGUCAUGAUGGAACAAUUAGUAAUAAUUCACUGGAAAAAACACCAAGUAAUACUACUUCUAAAGUUGAUUCUAAAUUGCGUACACCUAUAAAAAUGGGAAUAUCUGCCUCAACAAUGGCUACAAAGAAGGAUGGCACUGGAGAAGUGGCAGACAAAGUAGAGGCUGUGUCAGGUUCUCAGAAUUUAGAUAAUGAUAGCAACACUAUGUUUAUAAAUGUAUCAACUUGUGAUAUAUUAAAUAAUCAGAUAGAAUUGCAUGAUAUACAGACAGAAAAUUAUAACAACAAUAAUAAUUUAGAUUCAUCAGCCUUAAAUAUAAAUAAUAAUACAAUUAAUAUAGUGCUUAGCAGAGAGUCUGAUAUUAUACCUAUAAAGAAACUUAAUAAAAACAAGGUUAAUGUUGGGAAAGAUUUGGAAACAUCCAAUGAACAAAAUCUUAAAGAAAAAAAAACAAUGCAGAGAGGGGGGCAAAAACCAUCAGAUACAGCUGGAAGCAGGCCAAAAUCUAAGCUACCUGUUAAGGCCACGUCAGUAAAGCCAGUUCCUAAUAACAUGAACAACUCUAAUACAACAACAGGUAGAAAGAAAUUGGCUUGUAAGAUUGAAAAAGUCACAAAACAAGAAAACAUAGCAAAUGCCGAGGGCAAAUCUAAAAUUCCAGUAAAAAAUAUGAAUAGAGUGAACCCCUCAGUGCAGAAAAAACCUACACCCAAGCAAAAACAUAUGCAGGUAGAGAAAGAAACAAUUAAACAGACUCCUUCAAAAUUACCAGUCAAGGUAAGAGCCCCGCCUAAUGCCACUUCAACAGUCAAAGUAAAGAGAUAUGAGUUCAGUGAGGUUUGUAAACAUUCUAUUGAAUAUUUUAAGGGAAUUAGUGGUGAGACAUUAAAGCUUGUGGAUCGUCUUUCUGAUGAAGAGAAAAGGGUGCAGCAUGACCUUUCUGAUGAUGAAGACAGUACAUCAAGAAAUACGUCAUUAUCUGAAGCCACUCAAGUGUCCCAGCCUUCAGUAACAUCGAGGUCUGCUAAAGACUUGAAAGCAGACGCAACAUCUUUAAAAUCAAAGAUCGAAAAGAUCGACAGUGAGAGAAGGAGCAGUAGAAGGACUGGUCCCCAAAGUCCAUGUGAACGAACUGACAUAAGAAUGGCUAUAGUUGCUGAUCAUUUGGGACUUAGCUGGACUGAAUUAGCAAGAGAACUGAAUUUUUCUGUGGAUGAAAUUAAUCAAAUUCGAGUUGAGAACCCAAACUCGCUCACCGCUCAAAGUUUCAUAUUGUUAAAGAAAUGGGUCAUAAGAGAUGGUAAAAAUGCAACAACUGAUGCCUUAACUAAUGUAUUGACGAAAAUUAAUCGAAUAGAUAUUGUGACAUUAUUGGAAGGACCAAUAUUUGACUAUGGAAACAUUAGCGGAACAAGAAGUUUUGCAGAUGAAAAUAAUGUUUUCCUUGACCCUGCAGUUGAUGGUUAUCAGACAAUUCAGUUGGAACUGGAAACUCCUACUGGUUUACGUUAUCAGCCUCCCACCCCCUUUCUCCAAGAUGAUUUCUUUAGUGAUCACUCUAGUGUAGAAUCUCCUCUUAGAACUCCCAGUAGACUAAGUGAUGUGUUGUUAGGUGCACAAGGAAACGGAGAUAUUUCCUCAGCACCACCGGUGGUGGCUGCAGAAGAUACAUCAAUUGACGAUAGCAGACCUGAUUUUCCAGUAUGCAGUCCAGAUGUUUCUCAAGACAUGGCUAUUCAUCGUAUCAAAUUUGAGGAUAUUAAACUUUAUGAUGAGCCGCAGCAUGAUGGUAGCUAUAUAUGUGUUGAAAAAUCUCUUCCAUAUUCAGAUCAAAAAUUAAAUGAAGAUGUUAGUCAUAUAGGAGAAGGUAUUCAACAGCAUGAGAGAGAAAUGUCUGGUCCAGAGGAGAUGACUGAAGAAAGACUCAAAUUGCUAUUUAAGCAUCUUCAACUUGAACAAGAAGCUGAGUCAGAGGAGAUGACUGAGGAGAAAGUACAGGCCAUCCUUAAAUAUGUUCAACAAGCAGAACACGAUAUGUCUUCAUUUACAGGCUGGCAUAGUGACGCAUCAAGUGUUCAAGUGGAACCUCCCACUCCAGAUCGCAAAAUGAACAGUGAACUUUUGGAAAGACUUGAUGACAGCCACGAGUCCAUUACUUCAUAUCUUAAAGGAGAAGUUGGAAGGUUGGAGUCAAAUGUUAGUCCUUCUGAAUCAAUUACAGAGGGCAAGACGAGAUCCAUUCCUAGAGAGACUGAAUCUGUGAAACUGAGUGAUAAACAAUGUUUGAAACUAAAAACACACCAAGGCUCUGUUGGAAAAGGGGAACAACUAACGGGGCACCAGAAAUCAGCAGAGGUGACUGGCAAAACAGUAAUAGGAGAACAUAAAAGUUCUGUGCCCAUAAGUGCAAAAAGGACAGGUUGUGAAGAAGGAAAGUCUAGGAUAUCCACUCAUGCAGAGGAAGGAGCACAUUCAGAACAUAAGUCUGGUGGUAUAACAUGCCUAAAAUGCAUUAAUCAGGAUUAUAGUGACAAUGAAUAUGAAACUGAAACAAGUUCAGACGAGGAACAGAGAAUCACUACGAAGGUUACUCGCCGACGGUUGAUAUUAAAGGGUGAGGACGCAAAAAACAUUCCUGGGGAAUCUGUCACUGAAGAGCAAUUUACAGAUGAAGACGGGAACAUCAUCACAAGAAAAGUAACUCGGAAAAUUGUGAGGCGUGAGAAAAAGGUUGGUGGAACAGUAAUGGUUGGGACGGAAGGCUAUAAAGUUAAAACGAAGAAAGAAGUCAGACAUAUUGAAAAGAAAAGUUAUUCAUAAUGGCUCAAUAUUUAAAGGGUCAUGUGCGGUUACUGCCAUCAUUCUGAAGAGACAUCAAUAGAAGAACAGGAAUUCAUGAAAAAUCACCAGAAAAUAAAAUAAAAUAUGUGUUUGCUUCUUCUACACAUUAACCGCAUGGGUUUUUUUUUUUAAACUGCAAGAAACCUUUUAAUUUAGCAUGAGCCUAUUCUACAGAGCAUGGAUAAUCGCCUUCAUUCAUAUGAGGUUGAUGAGUUUGUAGAUUAAAUACAGAGACUACCAUGACUCUCUUCAACAAGCGGAAAUUCCUGUAAUCAGAAGGACAAGAAUAUUGAAUAGACUUUGGAAGACACUAUAAUCACACACAAAAAAAAAUAACAAUUCGCCUUAUUUUUCUUGGACCCUAAAUGUUAGGGUAUAAAAAUGCUAUUGAAUUCUUUUUUUAAAUCAUCUUGGAUUUGCUGUAAAUAAACAACACUUGUAUAAAAUUCUAACUAUGCUAGAAUUCAUGUUAAUAACGCAACACCUCGUAUAUAUUUGCAUUCAGGAUAGAACACAAAUUCAUAUAACCAAAUAGGUGUCUGAAAUAAUUUCACCUAUGAGGAUAUACUGGGACGAUCUUCACAAAUUCUUGUAUAUUAUCAACUAAAAUGUUUGUAUAUGGAAAACAAAAACAAAAAAAUAAGCCAAACGGCUUAUACACAAUUUUUUUCUUUAAAUCUGCUGCAAACUGAAAUAAUUCACAAGAUGGAUAAUUCUGCAAUUCUGUGGGGGGGAAAAAAAAUUAUUCAUAUUAAUAAUAAUAUUUUGGUGCAUGUGUUUCACCUUUUAAUUGAAUCUUUUUUCAACUUUGCUAAAGCUAUACUGAAAGAUUAUAAAAACAAACAAAUAUUUUGCAAAAUUUUAGCUGUCCACACAGGGCCCUUUUAGCUAAUAGUGUAGCCGUUGCCAUCUUUAAAGAGGAACAAAAAACUUUGAUAUUUAUAAGAUACAGUAGUGCGUAAAAUUUUAGGCAUUAACUGUACUGUUUUACAAAGGGUGGGUUAAUUAUUUUCAGCUUUGAAAGUGGUUGGUGCUUUCGCAAGCACGUUUGAUACCUUAAAAUGAACAGAACCGAACAUUAGCUAUUAGACCAGGGGUGGGCAACUAUCGGCCUUCCAGAUGUUAUGGACUACAUCUCCCAUGAUGCUUUGCCAGCAUUAUGGCUGAAAGAGUAUUAUGGGAGAUGUAGCCCAUAACAUCUGGAGGGCCGAUAAUUGCCCACCCCUGUAUUAGACGGUGCUCUGUAAAAUCCUUACUGUUAUGUGUACUGCUAUAAGUUGUAGAGUCUUUUCAGUAAGCCAAUCAUUUGUAAUCAUUCUAGCAGUGUAAUAUUAGGUUGUUAAAGCUGCUGUGUUUUAAAGAGCAUUUUUAUUUGGGUUUUGGUGAAAUCUUUUCAUCAAUUGAUUAUAUUCAUAUGAAAAAAAAACAGCAUUCAUUGCUAAUAUCUCAAUAACACAAAAUGUAUGAAAUCAACAAACACUGGAUGAUCUGGUUGAAUAUUUAAACAAAAAAAAUAAAUUGUGUUAAGCUAA